GAAGAUGAGUGAAAGCUGGAGUAGUUGCAAAUGGGUUGCAGUACUGUCGAUGAUGUUCUUUGUUUGUUUCUCUGCUGGAGAAGACGGUUUACUAGCAAAUGGUGAUUUUGAAACGGCUCCGGUGAGCGGAUUCUCAAAUGAGGGCCUGGCAGAUGGUCCAAUCUCUAUCCCUGAUUGGAAAUUGAAUGGAACAGUAGAACUAGUAGAAUCAGGGCAAAAGCAAGGGGGUAUGAUCCUUAUAGUACCUCAAGGUAUGCAUGCAGUGAGGCUUGGCAAUGAUGCAGAGAUAAGGCAGGAUAUCAAGGUUGAGAAGGGGUCAUUGUACUCGAUCACAUUCAGUGCUGCAAGGACAUGUGCUCAGUUGGAGUCUCUCAAUAUAUCUGUACCCCCAGCAUCUCAGACCAUUGAUCUGCAGACCCUUUACAAUGUGCAGGGCUGGGAUUCAUAUGCAUGGGCCUUCCAGGCUGAGUCAGAUGCUGGAGAGGUAGUGUUCCGGAAUACUGGCAUGGAAGAUGACCCUACAUGUGGGCCCAUCAUCGAUAACAUUGCCAUCAAGAAGCUUUUUACACCUGAUAAACCAAAAGACAAUGCUGUCCUUAAUGGUGACUUUGAAGAAGGUCCAUGGAUGUUCAGAAAUGCUUCACUAGGGGUUCUAUUGCCUACAAACCUUGAUGAAGAGACAUCAUCAUUGCCGGGCUGGAUUGUCGAAUCAAACAGAGCUGUUAGGUACAUUGAUUCGUAUCAUUACAGUGUUCCUCAAGGUAAACGAGCCAUUGAAUUGCUAUCAGGAAAGGAGGGUAUCAUUUCUCAGAUGGUGGAAACAAAAUCCCAGCAACAAUAUAGCUUGAUCUUCAACUUGGGACAUGCUGAUGAUAAAUGCCAACAGCCCUUAGCCAUCAUGGCCUUUGCAGGGGAUCAAGCGCAGAACAUCCAUUACUUGCCCAAUUCCAAUUCAACCUUUGAAACUACAAAUCUUACUUUCACAGCCAAGGCAGAGAGAACGCGAAUUGCAUUCUAUAGCAUCUAUUACAAUACAAGGUCCGAUGAUCACAGCUCCUUAUGUGGACCAGUGGUGGAUGAUGUGAGGGUGUUGGCAUCCUCUGCUUACAGAAGAAACAUGUGUGGAGGUCUGGGCUUAGGGUUUCUAUUGUUAGUUUUGGUAUUGGUUUAGGAUUGCCGGCUAUCUUGAGUUAAUAUUUCAUGAAUGCUUUGGUAAUUUGGUAUGGGAGAUUCGGUUAACCAUAUUCCCAUGUCUUAAGUUGUAUUUGAGCUUCCCCUUUGUGAAUGUAACAACCUUCUCUACAUAACUGUAGUUCUUGAUGAGGUGAAUGAAUGGAGCAAGACUUUUAGGCUA